GUGUUUUUCUAUGUACCUAGUGUGUGUGUGUACGUACCAGUGUUUGUGUGUUUUUCUAUGUACCUAGUGUGUGUGUGUACCUACCAGUGUUUGUGUGUUUCUCUGUGUACCUACUGUGUGUGUGUGUGUGUGUGUGUGUGUACGUACCAGUGUUUGUGCGUUUUUCUGUGCACCUACAGUGUGUGUGUACCUACCGUUGUGUGUGUGUGAGGGAGAGAGAGAGUGAUGUGGAUGCUGUAGAUAAUGUGGCGCAGGCUCGCACAGUCUCAGAUUAGAGAGAGCGAGGGGGGUGGGGACGCAGCCGCCGAUAUAACCAGCUCGCAUUUCACAGCGACCAACCUGCAGGACCAGUCGCAUCACUUAGGCCUCGGAGAAUGCUGAAGCCGCUGAACUUUCUGCUGAUCCCUCUGCUGCUGGCCGGGGCAGCGGACAAGGACAGUCCCGAGAAAGGGGGCAAUAAGGGGAAUUUCCUGGAGGAUGAGCAAUGGCUGUCUGGAGUCUCUCAGUACAACCGGCAGAUCAAAGACUGGAACCGCUUCAGAGACGAUGACUACAUUCGAAACUGGGAUCAGAAGACCUUUGAUGAAGCACACAACUCGUUGCCUUGUAUGCUUUGGCAUCAGAAGUGCACAUCUAAACACUUCUUCAAUGUGAUGUGGGUUUCUGCUUCUACCACGCUUACAAACACACUAGAUCCCACCAAGGACCCAUGUCAAAAGGUGAAGUGCAGCCGACACAAAGUGUGCAUCUCCCAGAACCAGCUGAGGGCCAUAUGCAUCAGUCGCAAGAAACUACAGCACAGAAUCAAGCAGUCUUCCCUGGGGCAUGUGGAGAGCACCUGCAAGCCAUGCCAAGCAGAACAGGUGGCCCCUGUGUGUGGUUCAGAUGGUCACACCUACUCAUCGCAGUGUAAGCUGGAACUACAGGUAUGUCUGACUGGGAAACAGCUCAGCCAGCAGUGUGAAGGCAAAUGCCCAUGUCCAACAGAGCACGCUCCAACCUCUGACCCUGCGAGCAAGUCAGCUGGCUGCACCGGUCAGGAUCUAGCGGAUCUUGGCGAUCGACUCAGGGACUGGUUUCAGCUGCUGCGUGAAAAUGCAAAACAGAACAGUUCAGGGAGAUCUGGGGCCAGUGCGUCCAGCGUGUUGGAUAAGAAUAUGGUGGCUAGCUGCAGGGAUUCGGUCGGUUGGAUGUUUUCCAAGCUGGAUACAGACACGGACCUGUUCCUGGAUGAGGCAGAGCUUGCAGCCAUCAACCUGGACAAAUACGAGGUCUGCGUGAGGCCCUUCUUCAACUCCUGCGACACCUACAGAGACGGGCAUGUUUCCAUGGCUGAAUGGUGCUUCUGCUUCUGGAGAGAAAAGCCCCCCUGCCUGGCUGAGCUCGAAAAGAUCCAACUGCAAGAGGCAGUACGCAAAGUGCCUGGCACCUUCAUUCCCAGUUGCGAUGAGGAUGGUUACUAUAGGAAUCUGCAAUGUGAUACUUAUUCUGGUGAGUGCUGGUGUGUUGACCAGCAAGGCAGCGAGGUGACUGGGACACGGGUUAAAGGAAACCGUGACUGUGAAGAUGUGAUCAGUUUCUCCGGUGAUUUUGGCAGCGGAGUCGGCUGGGAGGAUGAGGAAGAGAAAGAGGCUGAAGAGACUGCGGAAGAAACAGAGGAAGAAGGUGAAAUUGGAGAGACCGAUGAUGGAGGUUACAUUUGGUAACACAGCACCAGCAUUCCUAUAAGCACUGCUAACCAUUUGGCACAUGUUUUCCAUUCUUCAUGAACAACUUCCACUCCUUCUGAUUAACUCAUCCUCUGUCCUGCAGUGUACACUACCAGUUCCCAAUGACCACCUUGGCACCAGUGAGUGACACUGCUCACUGCACAGUUGCACAUUACUUUAUCAUGUUUGACACUAAGGGGCACAGAAUGUUACCACCAAUGAAUGGCUAGACUCCCAAGCGAUAUCGCUGAACCGGACAAAUGUACAGUUUACAAUUUGCAAAAUCCAGGAUGUAGCGCAAUCAAUCCAGAGAGAGGGAGAGGCACGAGAGACUCAUUGCUGUAGGCAAAGGUUGAAUAUCAAUAUCGUGAAAUAGAGAGGGAAGAGACAGCUGCUUCAUUCUAAAGUAAUGUGUGUGAAGGUUAUGGUGUACAAUGUCAGCUCCUCACCCCCACUGCCCCUUCACCCACUGCCCCUUCACCCACUGCCCCUUCACCCACUGCCCCCUCGCCCAACUGCCCCAUCGCUCAUUGCCCCUCACCCAACUGCCACAUCACUCAUUACCCCCUCACCCACUGCCCCCUCGCCCAACUGCCCCAUCGCUCAUUGCCCCCUCACCCAACUGCCCCUCACCCAACUGCCCCCUCACCCAACUGCCACAUCACUCAUUACCCCCUCACCCACUGCCCCUCACCCAACUUCCCCAUCGCUCAUUACCCCCUUACCCACUGCCCCUCACCCAACUGCCCCAUCGCUCAUUACCCCCUCACCCACUGCCCCUCACCCAACUGCCACAUUGCUCAUUACUCCCUCACCCACUGCCCCUUCACCCAACUGCCACAUCGCUCGUUACCCCCUCACCCAACUGCCCCUCACCCAACUGCCCCAUCGCUCAUUACCCCCUCACCCACUGCCCCUCACCCAACUGCCCCAUCGCUCGUUACCCCCUCACCCACUGCCCCUUCACCCAACUGCCACAUCGCUCGUUAACCCUCUCAACCCUUGCCUUUCAAUGGAGCUCACUCCGAACACAAUUCCCUCAUUUCACACCUUCAUGCACUGCCCUCUCAAUCAUUGACUCCUCACCCACUGAGCAUCACCCAACGCUCACCCCCUCACCCAUUGCACCUUCACUCACUAUGCCCUUACCGUCGUGCCCAGCACAUUGUCUCUUCGCUCGCCGCCUCCCCUCCUCCACUGUCCUGCCAUGCAAGGUCUUACAAUAUCAACCCCUCAGCCAGUGCCCUAUAGAUAGGACCCACCGGAAUGUGUGAAACUCAGAAUACUUCCAAAGUAGGAGAUAAACCAGGGUCUGUAUAAUGUAGCUUGUCUGUGAUUGGUUCACGUGUUAGACAGAACAGGAACAGGAGACCAAGAACCUUUCUGAAUGUGUUUCUCCAGUACCCCCCUCUGACUCAGAUACCAGAGUGUGGAAACACCAGAGUAGGGGAGAAUCAGCAAUCCUGAUGCUUUGUGUAAAAUGCAGGCCUGUUUCCUGCCAGCAGAGAUGUUCCCUUAAACUCUUAGAAAGGUUAACACUGCUCGGGUCUGAGAAUUACACACUGCGUGUAACUGUGCCCAUGACUUUGAGUUAACUCCAAGUCAAAGACUUGUCAUAACAAUGAAUAUGGGAAAGAAUUGUCAAACAAGGCAAUUCAGUGUUUCAGGAGGAGAUCAUAUUUCUCACUGGGAGCUUUUUGCAGGAUCAGCAAUAAUCCUAAAAAGGUGUCACUGGAAAAUAAACUCCUGAGUGAAACGUUAUCAUUAACAGAAGAGUUGCCCUGUAGCUGAUCACCCUGUUAUUUAGUCAUCCCUGUUAGUGUCACGCUGUGUCAGCGGGACUGGGGGAUUUAUUACUGUUAAGCUAGUGAAGUGUGAAUUGUUUAUUCCUGCUUGCAGCUAAAUGUUAAAGCUACCUCCAUGAUCCUCUUCAAUACUUCGCUAACAACUGUGUGAAAAGAUGCCUGUGAAUUUGAGGUCAUUUACUCACCAACAACUGGGCUGCUGUUUUUCAAUUGCUUCAGAUGUGACUGAUGCAGGAAAAGGAUACACACCCAUCAUACACAUCAUGUACACACACACAGACGCGCACACACACACAUAUUCAUACACACACACAUGCACGCUGACAUGAACAUACAUACACAAAUGCACACACACGUACACACAAACAAAUAUACACACACAUACAAAUACAUAGACAUACGUACACAUGCAUACACAAACAUGCUCAUACAUGCACACACGCAGAUUCACACGCAAGAGAGCCUUCACGCAUGUAUUUGCUGACAUAUGUGCAUGCUUACACAUAUACAUAGCUUUGCACUCUCACACACAUAUACUUUUACACACACUCAGACAAUACACAUUCAUGUGCAGGUUCGCGUACAAACAUUUUCCAAAAAAGUACACUUUAUUCAAGCAUGGUAAAAGUAUGUUUUGUAACAAUUUGGAUAUAACAUUGAGUGAAGUGUAUUACAGAUCCUAUCUGAGUUUAAUAUAAUGUGGUAAUCUGAGGAAACUCGCUAUACUUACAGUCUUCAACAGGGAUUCCACUUUCAGCAGGUUACACCCAAAGCAGCCAGGGGAUCUUGGAUUUCUGAGGGGGAACCUUUGGUAUUGUAACAAAAGUAUCAGACCAAACAGAGAUAAUGGGAACUGCAGAUGCUGGAGAAUUCCAAGAUAAAAUGUGAGGCUGGAUGAACACAG